AUGCGUACUUCAACUAUCGUUGCCUCUCUGGCGGCUGCCGUCUCCGCCUAUGAACCCUGGCUCAACGAGCCUGACACUGGUCUUAACACUUACCUCGCUAGCACCAACUGGACCGAGGGCAGCCGCCCUCUUCUCAAAGAUAUCCGAGGCGUUCCAGAUUUCGAUUUUGCUGCUCGCCAAGUCUUGACUGAUCAGCAGUACGCUUUCUACCGCACUGCUGCUGCGGGAGAAUGGGCGUACCGCAACAACCUCAAGGUCUGGGAGAAGGCUAGACUUCGACCUCAUCAACUCGCCAGCGUGAAGGGCCUCAACGAGACUCUUGGUGUUACUAUCCUAGGCCAUAACUUCAGUGCUCCCAUCUUCAUCUCCCCUGCCGCUCGUGCUGGAUAUGGUGACUCUGACCGUGGUGAGCUCAACUUUGUUGACGCAGCUGCUGAUGAAGACAUUCUCUAUGUUGCUGCUCUCUAUGCCACCAAGACCAUUGAAGAGAUUGGAGCUCAGCGCAAGAAGCGUGGCAACACCAUCUUCCAGCAGAUCUACUCCAAUGCCAACCUGUCUGUAACUUGGGAUGCCAUGAAGCGUGCUGAGGACCAGGGUGUCAAGGCUUUUGUCUGGACUAUUGAUGCCCCUGCUACAUCUACUCGUCACCGAGCUGCUCGCUAUGACACCACCAAUGCCAAUGGUGCCACUUCUGUUCUAAGCUGGGAUCUUUUCAAGGAGAUCAAGUCUCACACUAAGCUUCCCAUCAUUCUCAAGGGUAUCACCACCACUGAAGACGCCCUUCGUGCUGUUGAGGCCGGUGCUGAUGGUAUCUGGCUCUCAAACCACGGUGGUCGUCAAGUCGACUACUCUCCGUCUCCCCUUGAGAUUGCAUAUGAGCUUCGACGCAACGCCCCUGAGAUCUUCACAAAGACCGAGGUUAUCGCCGACAGCGGUAUCCGUUACGGAAGUGACGUGAUCAAGCUGUUGGCUCUUGGAGUUAAGGCUGUUGGUCUUGGUCGUCCUUUCAUGUACUCCAACGUCUAUGGCGUGGAGGGCCCCAAGAAGCUUAUCCAGAUUCUCAAGACUGAGAUUCUUGCGGAUGCUGCUCAGAUUGGUAUCACUGAUCUUCACAACAUUCCUUCCAAGGUGCUCAACACUCGUGCCCUCGAGCGCGAUGUUUAUCUCAUGGACGAGAAUUAA